UCAGGUUUGACUGACAGCUGGUUGGGCAAUGGAGGAGUCUGUAAUCCAGCGGCACCUCACGCAUUAUAAACAGGCCACUGAGACGGCACGUGAGGAGCUGGCCGUCCUGCAGACCAAAUACAACAAACUCCAAUCACAGCUCUUAGAAAGCCAAACCAAAGUUGCAUCUCAGGAAGAGACUCUGAAAAACUUAAGGGACGCCGUGGAUCGACAUAAAGAGAAAGAGGCGAGACAGGAGUCUCUCAUCAGCUCGCUCAGAGAACGCAGUCACAACACAGAGCAGGAGAUGCUCUCCAUCACCUCCUCCAGAAGCUUCCUGGACAUGAGGAUGCAGACACUUACAAAAGAGAACGAGGAGAUCAAGGGGAAAAUCGUGGAACUUGAUAUCAAAUCAAAGCAGUGUUUUGCAGAAUGCAACAAGGCCAAACAGGAAGCUGCUGAGACCCAGAGAAGAUCUGAUGAUUUUAUAUCAGCAGUAGCAAGCAAAGUCUCUGUAAAUGUGGCAGGAAAGGCAGAUCCUAUGGAUUAUAUCCUAUCUGUGGUGGACGCCUGCUUUAAGGAGAACCACCGAGUGAAGAACAGCGUUUGCGCUUUAGAGGAGAGUGUGAAGCUGUAUGAGGUGGAGUGCAAAGCCAGCAGAGAAACAGUCAAGAGACUGGCGACCGAUGUAGAACACGAGCAGUCGCUGUCCGCAUCAAGAGCCAAUGAGCUGAACUCCAGCAGACAGGAACUGGAUAUAAUCUCCCUGAAGAAACUAAGUUUGGAGAGGGAGAACCAGGGCCUUAAAACGUCCCUGCAUGAGUCUGAACUGGCGCUGGCAUCUGCGCAGCAGCGCUGUCUUCAUUAUGAGAAUCUCUCUCAAGAUCUGCAAAAUAAACUCCAAAGCUGCCAGAAUGAAGCUCAGGCAUCUCACAGCCACUAUGAGGCCUUCAUGAAGAAUGUGGGAGCUCUGCUGGAGUAUGAGUCUCGUCCUCCUCAACUUACUCAAAGCGACCUACUGAAGGCACUUACUGCCCUGUGCAGCAGUGAGAAAAGUGCACAGAAGUCUCUGCUGGAGAUGGAGGGAAGGCUGGCGGAGGUGGAAGAGCAGUUGUCCAGACACAAAGAGCAUAAGUGCAGCUCGGAACAGAGAGAACAGGUGCUGCUGGACAGAAUCAAGAGUCUGGAGGACGAGCUGCUGACGGCCGGAGUCUGGAAAGAUGGACUGAAUCAGGACAAACAGCAUUAUCUACGGUUUGUGGAGCAGCUCUCAGAGAAGCUGAAGGUGGAUCGUGUUGCUGCAGAUCUGGGAUUUGAUAUGAGACUCGAGGCCAUUCUUACACGAGCUGAGCAGCUGAGCAGACAAGAAGGGACAGCUUUACUGGAGAACAAGACUCAAAUCUACAGCCUUCAGAGAAAGCUUAAAGAACAUAAAGAGCAUUCAGCAAGUAAAGAGCUUCACCUGGAGCUGCUGAGGAAGAAGAUGGUCCAGCUGGAGGAGGAGAAGAGGAGCCGCUCAGCUCUAGCGGUGGAGAAAGAUGACGCUGCUUUGUCCUGUAAGAAGCUCCAGAAGCGUGUGGAUCGACUGCAGGCAGAGCUGAGCACCUUACGCUUCUCCAACACCGAGCUGAAAGCCCAGCUGUCCCACACCAAUGAGCUCAAGGUACAGGGACGAGGCCUGGCCCACAGACCCUCACCAAAAAGAGUCAUUUCAGCAUAAAAUUGCAAACAAAGACCAUGUUUUUGGAUGAAAGCAUCUGCCAAAUGCAUGAAUGUAAAUGGUUCUAAUUUCAAUCCAAAUUGUGAAAUUCACAUUAAGAAUUACAAAUCAAAGAUGAAACAUGCACAAAUGAAAUGUUCACGAGAUCAAUAGCAUGCAUUUAGAAAAUGGGGUAAAAAUAUUUUCAUGCCAUCUGUAAAAGUGCUGAUUCACAUAUACCCCCGGUUUCACAGACAAGGCUUUAGCCUAGUCCUAGACUAAGCCCUGUCUAAAACCGGGCCGUAGAGUGUGGCGAUGCUUAA